AUAAAAGCUAAACGGAGAUAACUCAGAAUUUGUGGUGGGACUUAUCAGAAAACGAAAACAGGAAGCAGCAACUGUCGACCCUUUCAGUUUCCUGAUCAUUUUGAUCAUAUUAAAUAUAACAUUCUCUUAUGGUUUACCUCAAUCGCACACCUGUUUCUUUUUUAUGCAGAAACAAAACUUCUGUGGUUUCCAUUUACAGCGUAGAAUAAAACAUCUGCCAUUUCAUUGCAUUUAGCAACAGGACGAACUAAUGCAAAUGUUGAUUCAUAUUUAAUGUUAGAAGUUAAAUAGAUAUCAUUUAAAAGAGUAUGCACUACAGCCGGAUAUGAUCAGCCUGAUAUCAGGUAGCAAAAGGAUGAGAGAGAGUAUAUUUAUGAUUUAGCCAGCUGCAACAAUAAAUGUGCAGAAAUGGGAAGAAAGAAAAUCAUCUAGCAUUCCCACUUCCUCUUAGGGUGGUUUCAAACCAACCCUCGCACAUGAACACACCCGUAUUCAUAGAUACCCCCUACACAUUUGGUAAGGUGUACGGUAUAAAAAUGCAAUGUUUCUAAGAAGCUCUUUGUGACUGAGGAACAACACUUGGCUGACCCAGAGACUGUGAUUCUGCUCCAAGCCAUGCUUUGUGAGGGCAGAUUGCUGAGGAUGACCUAUGGCGAGCUGGAGGAGUUGGAUCCUCUCCCUCCUCAGAAAGCUCCCAAGAGUGUUUACGGGCAGCCGAGAGCAGCUGCGACCCUGGUGCCAGGCUCCAUCACACACACUCCACUCCUUCGUCACAAUUCCCCCGAGCUGACGGGUUGUUUGGACAACACGAGUGAUCCGAUGGCGUUGUACAUUUCCCCGCUGCAGUCCUUUGACGUCCUCAGAGCCCGGCCAUGCAGACAGAUCUCGCCGGAGAUAGAGAUCCCGGCUCAGGCUCGCUCACUGGGUGACGCUCCUUUCUUGGUCCCUUCCUUCUGUCAGAGCAUUUGCCAAAAUUACAGUGACCUCCAUAUUGGAGGUGACCAGGUGCUGCCUCUCUCCACCAAUGAUGGUGAGAUCCGAGUCUGUCCUAAAGCGAAGGCUGUGGGCCCUUUCCUCCACUCCUGUGAUGUCCCCUCAGCUGUGGAGGACUCUCCUCCAGGACAUGCAUCUCAGGGUGGGCUCCUGCAUCCACUGAGAGGGGGCUCAAAUCGCUGGAGACUGGGCAGUGCCCGAGAUCGGAGCUUUUUGUUCCAGGACCAUGAAGGUCCGUUCUCCAACUCUCUGCUAAAUCACUACCUGGAGCAGAAGCUGUUGGAUUUGUACCAGCAAUACAUGAUGGAGAACAUGGCCAGGGAAGGGGCUCCUGGUUCGGAUUCAGACCCGGGCCCUAUACCUCUGCUGGGCUCAGAGCUCGUCCUGACCAGCCUCGACCAGAUCACUCUGCAGCUGAGCCGGGAAGGGAACCUGGAGGCCGGCCUGGCCAAAGACAUGGUCCUCAGCUGCCUGCUGCGGGUGGCCGGAGACAUGCAGUCCAGUGAGAUCAGCACCCCCUUCCUGCAGAUUUCCAAUGAAGCAUCCAGGGAGCAGCUAGGACAAAGAGGAGAAACCCCAGUGUGAAUUAUCCCUUUCAAUAUAGUUUGAUCCCCAAAAUAAAGACGAAACUUAUAAUUGACGUGUCAAUGUUCUGAAAAUAUUAUGUGUCAUAUUUCUAGUUGUUUAUUGGGUGGGUACAGUUUUCCCUUUCUAAAGGACAAUAAAGACAGGAACUCAAAACUGAAA